GCGCUUCACCUGCUGGGCGGUGCGCGCGGGGCGGGGCGGCCGCCGGGAGUCGCGGAGAAGCAGGCGGUGGUGCUGCUCGAGCCGCGCUAUGGAACCGCCGCCGUUGGUGCUGCUGGUGGGGCUGGCGCUGCUCGCCGUCGCAGGUCUUACAAGAAGCCUAUCUAUAACUUCAGCUGAGUCAGCAUUUGAAAAAGCUCAAGGAGAGAGAGUUACAUUGCCGUGUACUUUUGUACUCUCAGACGAGGAUGUAGGCACACUAGAUAUUGAGUGGGUCUUGAUACCAGCAGAUAUUCAGAAGAAAGAAGAAACAAUAAUUCUGUAUUCUGGAGAUAGGAUUUAUAAUCAUUAUUAUCCUGCUCUGAGUGGGCGGUUGCAAUUUACUAGUUCUGAUCCCAAAUCUGGUGAUGGUUCAGUGGAUAUCUUGAAUUUAAAGUCGGCAGAUACUGGCACAUACCAGUGCAAAGUGAAGAAGGCUCCUGGAGUUGAAAGCCAAAAAAUACAGCUGAAUGUACUUGUAAAGCCAGCAAGCACUAAAUGCUCCAUUGAAGGAUCACAGGAGAUUGGAAAGGACAUUACAUUGAAGUGUGCAUCACAAGAAGGAACCCCACUUUUGUAUUAUGACUGGAGAAGAGUAGUAACUGGCACACGAGGACUUCCUUCAACUUCCGUGCUAAAUAAAAAUACAGGGGAACUUCUUUUGAAAAAUGCCUCUAAGGACUAUUCUGGUACAUACAGUUGUGUUGCUUCAAACCGAGUUGGCACAGAUGAAUGUUCUGUUGAGCUGAAUGUCACCCCUCCUAUAAAUACAGCUGGUGUAAUUGCUGGAGCUAUUCUGGGAACUCUGUUGGGCCUUGCCUUAUUGGCUUUUCUUGUCUUCUGUUGCUGUAAGAAGCAUAGAGAGAAGAAAUAUGAGAAAGAAGUACAUCAUGAAAUCAGAGAAGAUGUUCUGCCUCCAAAAAGUCGCAGUUCAACAGCGCGCAGCUACAUAGGCAGCAAUCGUUCUUCUCUGGGUUCAAUGUCUCCCUCAAAUAUGGAAGGAUACUCCAAAACUCCAUAUAGCCAGGUUCCAAGUGAAGACUUUGAACGUGCUUCUGGUCAAAACCAAACCAUUGCAUCUUCAAAGGUAGCUGCACCUAAUUUAAGUAGAAUGGGAGCUGUCCCUGUGAUGAUUCCAGCACAAAGCAAAGAUGGGUCCAUAGUAUGAAAUAUUAAUUUAAGACCUGUUUGUUUUUUUUUUUAAGUGUUUGUUGUAAGUAUUAGAGAGAACUACAGUAUUCCAACCCUCAUUUAAACAAUGGCAUGCAAUUUUCCUUGAAGAAAAUGUGUAGGUUUGAAAAGCCACCAAUUUUCAUUUUUAAUUUUGAACUUAUUAGGGUGUAACAGCUGAACUAUUGAAAGUGUGAAAGUUCCUAAAAUAUCAGGUUUGGAUUUCUGGUGGCUUACUGAAGAGACACUAUUAGCUGAUGUGCAGUUUUCAGAAUCUGAAAGAGCAACACAACUGAGAAGUAACAAAACUGUUUCAUAUGUAGACUGUGAAGUUCCUCAGUUCUUGAAGCUUUAUUCUCAAUCUUGGAGUAACAGGACUAUUUUAAUUUGGCCACUGUCUGAUGAACUUUCAGUGGGGCUGAAAUACUGAGGAUGAAUUUGAAUUCUGCUCAAACUCAGAGGAUUUAUGCAGUUCUUUAAAUUGGUAAUGUUUGUCUGGAGUGUUUCCUGAGUUAGUAUCUCAGGGACUGCCAGUCAUUUGGUUGGUUCAGUUAAUUUAAUGAAUCUCUUCUGAGUUUAAAGUCACAGAGAGUAGAAAUGUGAAAGGAGAUUUUGCAAGCUCCUUGCAAUCAGAAUUUUACUGCAAUAACUAGUUCUAGCAGUGUCAGAUAACUAAUUUAUCCUAUGUAAACAAGUUUUAUCAGUUUGUUACUAGUGGUAUCUGAGUUCUCAAAUCUAUAGCUCAACUGUUACAUUGUCAGAGUGAACAUGCACCUCUGCAGGUCUUAUCUGCUGUAUCUCACGUUUUCCAAAGUCUGCCUUAGAUUCUAAGGCAGUGUUCUUUUCCUAAACCAAGUACCUAGAAGUUUCAUGGGGCUUUAUUAAAGCUAUUAAGUAACUGGUAUUUGAUAGUUGCUCUUGCUCUAACAUCACUUCAGAAAAAUCUUUUCCAGGUUCAGGUAAGCAAUAGGUAGUCUAAAGAGAAUGAUGCAUCUUAGUGUGAAUUUGCAAGGAAUUCACUUCCUCACUUGUCUGUUCAAUAACCCUAAAUAUUCUUAAUAGAUGUUUAGAAUUCUCAUCAGCAAGAGCUUCAUACAACCAGAGUCUAAGAGAACAUAGUUACCCAGAGUUGUUGAUAGGAACGUAAUGUUUGAAGAGUUAAUUUAAAAAAAAAAAAAAAAAAAGCCAUGCAAACUUAAAACAUUACAGGAGAAAUAGAAUAAUUCCUGAUCUUAAUUGCACACCUACUUAAAGGUAAUUGAUAGUUUCUGAUGAGUGAUAUUGUAUAUCUGUAACAGCUAGAUUUAAAGUUAAAUGCUGUUUGAAUCUUUGGUUUUUUUAUUUUUACUUCCUAUUUACUAACCUCUUUCUCAUCUUGUGCUUGGGAGUGUAGGGAGGAAUCCCUUCAGCUUAUUCUAGGUAAAGAUGUUGAAUUACCCGUUAGUUUGGAAAACUCUAAAUGAAUAUAGUAUGUGGCACAGAGGUUGAUGAAGAAAAUAUUUGAAGAGCCUGUUGAAAGGUAUUAGGAGUGUUUGUAUGUAGCAGCAGUGUGAGAUAAGAAUUCCUCAAACUUCUAGGCUUCGUGUUCUGCUUUCUUGUAGCUGGUUAAUUAGAUCUGUAAGUUAUUUGACUUUCUAUUAAAUAAUUGUCUUUUGUGUAGUUAGAUGCACAAUUUUUGGUUGGCUCUGUUAAUGUAGAAAACAUACCCUUCAUACUGAAUUUAGAUACUUGAAUGGCUACUAAGUGUUCUAGACUUAACAAUUUUACACAUUUGGAACUUUUUUAGAUUGUAAACUUAUACUGUUAGAGAUCGGACUUUUUAUCUUUCAUGUGUGCCUUUUCAAUAAACUUUGCCUGAUUGUA